AUUCAACUGAAAUGGCGAAUCAGGUACCUGUAAACAUCCAGUCCUCUCUGGCCAUAUGUACUUCGUUGGCGAGUCUUGUUCAGAAAUCCUACGGUGCAAAUGCUCAGCUAGUGAUGUACACCACCUCCACAGGGAAGGUUUUGCUGACAAGUGAUGGGAGCUCAAUUCUUGGAGCACUUCAUGUCUCCCAUCCCAUUGGCCGUUGGCUGAUUGAUAGAAUCGUAACCUUUGGUCAUCAUACAGGAGAUCACACAAAGUCAUUUCUGUUGCUUGCAAGGAACAUCUUGGAUGAGAUUUCCCAUGAGUUGAGCUCUUCUGUGAAUGGUUUGAGUCUAAGAUGUGAAACUGUUCAAAGAGAACAAGUCAUUCAACUUGUCAAAGCGCUUAGGGUUGUAGUGCAGGAAAUCCUUCCCCAGAAGAUCCUACCUGCUCUUAUGGCAAAAUCUCAAUGUUUUUCAGCCUUGGACUUAAAAGCAAUCAACACAUUUGGAGAAAAUUUGAUACACACAUAUCUACAUGGCAGAAUAAGCUUCAAACAAGCAAGUUUUAUGUCAAAGUUACUUUGGAAAUUCAUUAAUGGAUAUGCAGGGAGUUCUGAAGCAUCUGUGUCAUCUUUAAGGGGUGCUGCUAUUGCCCUACAGGAUAAUUUUUGUGUAGCUUCUAUCGAAGCUGUUGGUUUGCCCAUUGAGUCAUCAGACAUUAAAGAAGGAAUUGUGCUGAGCAGAUGUUUUGCCAAACAUUUGAAUGAGAGGAAAGGUGGUGAAGAGAGGAGGAUUAUAAUAUUUGGAUUUGAUCCUUCAAAGAUGACCUUAGAAUCAAAUGCCACAAUAUCAGCAAGGACAGUGGAAGCCCUUGUUCACAGCAUGCAACACACAAGACUCCAGAUGAUGAGGAUAGUUAAUCUCCUGCAAGAUAAAAACGUUAGUGUUGUCCUUUUUUCAGAAUGUGUUUCUGCUGCCUUCCUGUCUCUUCUUGACCAUGCAUCUAUUACAGUCAUUCAAGCAGUACCUAUUGAGGAGCUGCAGAGACUGAGCCAUGUUGCUGGUAUCAAUAUCCUGUAUGAGAUCCCCAGGGAGUUGGAUGCAUCCUGCACGGUGAUGGCUGAAGAAGUAAAGGAGGUCACACUUGGUAAACAUCGCUACAGCCACAUUAUAAUUAGAAGUGGACCAGGAGAAGGUCACCUUGUACUAUGUGCCCCAAGCGAAGCAAUGUGCAGGGUGUUAUCUCAGGCUGCUCUUGGUGCAAUACGGUGUGUGAAGGUUUGGCUUGAUGCAGAUGAUGGAACCAUUUCAAGGUCAGUUGGAUCUGAAUGCAUUGGAUCUAAAGACCAAUCCAAAAAUGCACCUCUUAAAGUUGAACCUUCUGAGAUCAGCUGUAUGAAACAUGAGCAGAGCAAACCAUCAAAGCUGCAUCUUUCUCAAUCAGUGUGUAAUGCAAACAUUGCUGGAUGUGGAAAAGAAACCGAGGUGCAAACUGGAUAUCUAAUAUCUGGAGGUGGUGCUGCAGAGUUCAUUGCAAGAAACGUACUCACUCAGAGUCUCCCUGCAUACAAAGAUGACUACUUCCAGUAUGCUACCAUCAACAUUAUAUGUAAUGCCCUCUUGUGUAUACCUAGAACAAUCUACCACAACUCAUUUGCUGCACAAUCCAAAGACAAUCGUUCAUUCAUCAAGAUUAUAUAUGAUGUACAAAGGAGAUGCGAGAGCCAAACCAGUGAAGCAUGGGGUAUUGAUGGCAAAACUGGAGAGGCAUGUUACAUGUUCAAUAGAGGUGUUGUUGAGGUACUUACUGGGAAGUACUUGCUUUGGUGCAAUGUCAUUGAGACUCUCAUUGAGCUUCUCAACAUGGAUAUAAUCAUUCCGGUGCAGAGGAUUUUGAAAGAUGCUGAGAGUGAGGAUGAAGACGAUGAUUGACUGAUAUGGUGUUUUUUCAUUGAGACUACC